UCAUCCACGGAUCCUAUCCGUGCUUGAUACUCCAUAUAAUCUAACCACCGCCCUAUCCCACCAUUUCGUCUCACCCUACUAUUACUAUGUAUGCUUAUAUCGCACACCUCCCUCCUCAUACUUUCAAUUGACCACCCACCUCCUCUCAGUCCUAUCUUUCAUACCAAAGCCUUUUCUCUCUCAACAUCUUACCACCUUCUCAAUGGCCGACUACUGGCAACCCCAGUCGUCCUUUGCGAACCCUAACUGGGUUCAAGGCAACCAGUCUUGCUGGCGCUCCUCAACAUUUCGUGACUUGAUUCAUGCUUUCCCAAAACCCAAGCGGACGGGUCGAGUGAUGAAGCCCCGCAGCGCUGGGAAUAGUCCUUCGUCUGCCGGCAGACGGCGCACAGCAACCAUCCCUUACAGUUCGCCCAUGUACCAAGGCUACCAGGCUCCCGUCAACACUGCCUUUGUGGCCUCUGCACUUGCCCGAACUGGCCAAAACCGUCCCACAAGUUGGCAUCCGGCUUUGGAGCCUGUUAGCUAUCCAACUGCCCAGUAUGUGCCAGCAACCACGGCGUUGGAUAACUUUGCCGCCAUUGGCGUGUGCCCUCAGCCACUGCCCACUGCUCCUGCCACCUUCGACAACUCUUCCAUGUUGCCGUCCUACACCCCGGCAGAUAUGCCAUGCUCGGAUCUAGGGUUCCCUCCCCUCCCCGACGCACAGCAUCAGAUGUCGCUUCAACAGUCUACCUUGCUCCAGAUGAACGACUCGCAGGCUGAGCCUGUCUCUUGGGACGCCAAUGCAUCUACCUUGUCAAUGGCAGAACCUAUGUCUGACUGCUACUCCUUCGACAUGUCAUCUAUGCAUAACAACAUUCCUCCAGUCUACGUCGCAGGUUCGAGUUACGAGAGUGUACCGUCCUCGGGCUGCUUGACUGGGCCUCCUACGCCCGACUUUCUACCUAUUCAGCGGCCUGACGACGACCUGCAUUCGCAGGUAGAGCCCUUGCCAGAGAAGCAGCAUGAGGACGAGCUUGUUGGUAUGGGUCUUUACAGCAACCCGGAGGCUUCGUUGGGAAACUCGCUCUUAGGGCUUUCUGGCAAGGGACUUAAGUUGGAGGAGACUUUCACCCCGUCUUCCGACAAUGAAGCCGAAGACCAGGAGGAUGAUGAGGACCAGGACGAUGACGACGACGAUGAUGACGAACAAAAUCAGGAGGAGAGCCCCGUCAACAGCAAGGGCACCGACUUAAACCCUAAGCAGUCGGAAGCUGAGACUUUUCAACAACCGAUCAAAGCACCUGGAAACAUGAUGCAAAGAUCCUUUUUCUUUGAUGACGACGACCUCGAGCAGCAUGCCGUGGUCGAUUCCCAGCCAUUCAUUAACAUGGCCAGCCAACCCUGUAUGAAUUAUGGAUAUGGAUGGAUUUGAUUCCUACACUGUCGCGUUUACUGCCUCUGAUUAUUGCUCUUUUCGGUUUUCGGGCUACAGCAUUGCAUAGCGUGGAGUUAUUGUUUUCGGGAGGCGUUUCAUUUAGCAUACAGUACAGGAUACCCAGGGAGGAUUGGUCGAACUUGAAAUGUAUGUAUUAGACCAGUGAAUAUAACAACUACAAGACUAUCUUGAUAAACACACAUUGCACCAAACAUGAACAAACUGCGUAGCCCAC